AUGGACCGCAAGAAGGCGACAACCACCCUCCUGUACGCGAAAUACGAAGAGAACAAAGACUGGCUGCUAGUCCUUCUGUCGCAGCUGCUUGCUGUUUUCAUGAACGGGGUGGCCAAAUUCCUUCAGACCGAAGGGAUUUACACGGUUCAUCCUCUGCAGAUCAUCGGCCUUCGAAUGUCCCUAACGAUUCUGACCAUCGCGUGCUAUUGGGCGUGGAGAGUCGUCUCGUCUUCGCGUCCGCCUUCUGAGCAGAACAUAGCGAGAGAGGAGAGGACUUCUCUCCAGGCCUUGCUACUGGUGCGAGGAGUAGCUGGAGCAUUUGGGGUCAUUGGGUUCUACUGCAAUCUCUUUGAUCUAUCUCCCCCUGUCGGAAGCCACGGUGCUCAACUUCCUGGCUCCGGUGGGAGCCUGCGCGACCAUGGGAAUAAUUUCCUCACGCUCAGUCUCGUGGGUUGA